AGGCGCAGAGCCGAGCAGGCAGCCGUGGGCGCCAGGACGAUGCUGCGUCUCUGGCUGCUCCUCACUGGGCUGGUGGGGCCGGCGCGGGGCGCCUGGCCAGGGCCUGAGGCUGCCUGGCCGGGGCCCGAGGCUGCCUGUGGUCCUGAGGGCUGCUACGUUGUCUUCUUCCAACGCCGCAGCUUCCUGGAGUCCUGGCGGAGCUGCCGAGAGCGUGGCGGGAACCUGGCCACGCUCAAGCGCCAUGAGGAGGCCGCCCAGGUGGCGGAGCUGCUGCAGGCCACGGGCCCGGGUACAGGGCAGCGGCGGCUCUUCUGGAUCGGGCUGCAGCGCCAGCCACGCCAGUGCUUCCCCCAGCGCCCACUGCGUGGUUUCACCUGGACCACCGGUGACCAAGACACGCUCUACACCAACUGGGCGCAGGCCGAGCCGGCCGGGGGCACCGCUUGCUCGGCCUCGCGCUGCGUGGUGCUGAGCUAUGGCCCGGCCACGCAGGAGAAUUUCCAGUGGCUGGAGGGUUCGUGCACCCUACCCGUGGACGGCUUCUUGUGCCGCUUCGGCUUUGCCGGCAUGUGCCACGGACUGGCCACGGAGGAGACGGGGCCCGUGAGCUACACAACGCCCUUCGGCCAGGUCAGCAGCACCCUGAGCCACAUCCCCUUCGGCACGGUGGCGUCCGUGGCCUGUGGCGGCGCAGCCCCUGUCUCGGUGUUGUGCAUGCAGCGGGACGACGGCUCCGUGGGCUGGUCCAAGGAGGAGCCCCUGUGCGGGGAGGAGCCGGGGGACUGGUGUGAGGGUGACAAUGGGGGCUGCCAGCAGCUGUGCGUGGACGAGGGUCCCAGCUACUCCUGCGAGUGCCACGCCGGCCACGCCUUACUGCCCGACGGGCGCUCCUGCGCCCCAGCCGAUGGCUGCCAGAACCACCCCUGCCAGUUUCAGUGCGUGCCAGGAGAGGACGGAGGGUACCGGUGCUUGUGCCCCGUGGGCUAUACGCUGGCCAGUGACGGGCACACGUGCGAGGACACAGAUGAGUGUGCCACGGGCCCGUGCGAGCAGCUGUGUGACAACUUCCCUGGCGGCUUCCAGUGCCGCUGCCAGCUGGGCUACGAGGACGACGGGGCCGGAGGCUGCGCCGACCUGGAUGAAUGCAACACCGCCCCGUGCGAGCACCAGUGCGAGAACACCGAGGGCUCCUACCUGUGCCUGUGCCACCUGGGCUUCAGCCCGGCCGAGGAGGCGCCGCAGCACUGUGUCGACAACGACGAGUGCCAGAUCCCCGGCGUCUGCCAGCAGAUGUGCGUCAACUACGUGGGCGGCUUUGAGUGCUACUGCACCGAGGGCUACGAGCUGGAGGCUGACCGCAUCAGCUGUGCCCCCCUGGCAGAGCCCCCUGCGCUGGCCACCAGGCAGCAGACCUUCUACCCACACUUCAGGAACCAGCAGGAGUGGGGAGCAGAGGUGCUGCAGGUUUUGGGGACGGACGAGUCUUUCAGCCUGACCCAGGAGUUCCCCGACCCCACUGCUUCCCCCCCUGAUCUCUCUCCUGCAGCCCCACACCCCAGCACUGGCCACUCAGCCCCUCGCCCCUCCACCACCAGCCCCCCAAUCCCUUCCACAACCACUGGUCCCCCAGACCCCACCACCAGCCCCCCAAUCCCUUCCACAACCACUGGUCCCCCAGACCCCACUACUGGCCCCCCAAUCCCCAGUACCACCACCCUGAUCCCUCCCACAUCCACUGCCACCCCAGAGCCCACCAAUGGCCCCCCAGUUCCCCACACCAGCCCCGCUAUCACUCCCACAAUUGGCCCCCUAACCCCCAGCACCAGCCCCCCAAGCUCCAAAUCUCCAAGGUCCCCUGGUGCUCCUGCCUCACCCUACAGCGGGGGGGAGGGGGACCCUUCAGCAGACAGGGCCAGGGCUCCGCUGCCCCCUUCGGAGGACCCCAGCACCUCUCCAGGUGGGGAGCGGGCAUGGAGGAAGCGGGAUGACCGGUGGCUGCUGGUGGCACUGCUGGUGCCCCUCUGCGUCUUCCUGGUGAUCAUGGUGGCGUUGGGCAUCGUGUACUGCACCCGCUGUGGUGCCAGGGCCAAGAGCCGCAGCGUCACACAGUGCUACCGCUGGGUCACCAGUGCGGGGGGCAAGGGGCCCUCCCACCCCCCUGCAGGGGCCCACCUGACCACCUGCCGGACCAGCGUCUGA